GAAAAAUUAGGCCCAUAACCCGAAUAGCUCUUGUAAUCUCCAGUUUAUUCAACCACUGAAGCAUUUUUGGGAACAGCGAUUAACGAAGAGGAAGAGAGAUGGGAGGUGGAGAUGGACAUGGCAUGACCUUCAAAGGCAUCACUGUACAUCAACCUAAGCGUUGGCACUCCGUCACCGGAAAAGGAUUGUGUGCCGUCAUGUGGUUCUGGAUUCUUUACCGGGCCAAGAAAGAUGGUCCUGUAGUGUUGGGCUGGAGGCAUCCUUGGGAAGGCCAUGGCCAUGAUCAUGACCAUUAGGUAAGGUUCUUGCAACUAUAGUAGCUUAUAAUGUUACUAGUGAAUGUG